GCAACAUCACACGGCCUCCUGCUGCCCUCUGCUGGUCAGCACGAGCAUUUGAUUUGUGGAAGGACGGCCCUCCCGCUUGGACAGAGCGCGCGAAUGCACCCACCACGUCUCUCACAAUCGGCUGCUUCGCGUUAGCUGUUAGCUUAGCGUCGUUUUCUGUGCCUUUACGCACCGGGGAUCUGCUGGCACACCAGAGGUGGACCUGAGACAAGGCUUUUUGGCUCCGAAUCUCAAUUGUCCUAAAGUAUCUGUGGGCUGUCAGCUACUCAAUAUACCUGCAAUGGCAGACAAAGAAGCAGGAGCAUUUGACGAUGCAGUCGAGGAGAGGGUGAUAAAUGAGGAGUACAAGAUCUGGAAGAAAAACACUCCAUUCCUCUACGACCUGGUUAUGACCCAUGCUUUAGAGUGGCCCAGCCUCACUGCCCAGUGGCUGCCUGAUGUCUCCAGGCCAGAGGGGAAGGAUUACAGUGUGCACCGGCUGGUGUUGGGCACCCACACGUCUGAUGAGCAAAAUCACCUGGUCAUUGCCAGCGUUCAGCUACCCAACGAUGACGCCCAGUUUGAAGCCUCACAUUAUGACAGUGAAAAAGGAGAGUUUGGAGGCUUUGGCUCAGUAAGCGGCAAGAUCGAGAUAGAAAUCAAGAUCAACCAUGAAGGAGAAGUGAACCGUGCCCGCUACAUGCCCCAGAACCCCUGCAUCAUUGCCACCAAGACCCCUACCUCAGAAGUGCUGGUGUUUGACUACACCAAGCACCCUUCCAAGCCAGAUGCCUCUGGAGAGUGUCACCCUGAUCUGCGUCUCAGAGGCCAUCAGAAAGAAGGCUAUGGACUCUCCUGGAAUCCAAAUCUGUCCGGCUCUCUCCUUAGUGCAUCAGAUGACCAUACCAUCUGUUUGUGGGACAUAAGUGCUGUGCCAAAGGAGGGGAAGAUAGUAGAGGCGAAGACGAUUUUCACCGGCCACACUGCCGUGGUGGAAGACGUCUCCUGGCACUUGCUUCACGAGUCUCUCUUUGGAUCUGUAGCAGAUGACCAGAAGCUCAUGAUUUGGGACACUCGUUCGAACAACACCUCCAAACCCAGCCAUGCAGUAGACGCCCACACAGCAGAGGUCAACUGUUUGUCAUUCAACCCUUACAGCGAGUUCAUCCUGGCCUCUGGCUCUGCAGACAAGACUGUGGCUCUUUGGGACCUGAGAAACUUGAAACUGAAGCUGCAUUCCUUCGAGUCGCACAAGGAUGAGAUCUUCCAGGUUCAGUGGUCACCUCAUAAUGAGACAAUACUGGCUUCCAGCGGAACAGACCGUCGCCUCAACGUCUGGGACCUCAGUAAAAUCGGAGAAGAGCAGUCACCAGAAGAUGCGGAGGAUGGCCCACCCGAGCUACUGUUUAUCCAUGGAGGCCACACCGCCAAGAUCUCUGACUUCUCCUGGAACCCCAACGAGCCCUGGGUCAUCUGCUCGGUGUCCGAAGACAACAUUAUGCAAGUCUGGCAAAUGCCAGGUCAGAGGAAUGUGGUAGGGACAGUGAGUGGCUUUCCCUACCACCAAGGGAACCAACAUGUCUGGACAGGGAAAACUGAAGUGCAGUGGGACAGAGGGCCCUCACAUGCUGCUUCAUCUUGCUGCCAACCUGAACAAAGGAAAUGGGUGGGACUUAUAGAGUAGGCCAUGAUUAGGAGUGAUUGAAGUCAGGUGAGUAUGGACCAUGAUUAGGAGUGAGUGAAGUCAGGUGAGUAUGGACCAUGAUUAGGAGUGAUUGAAGUCCGGUGAGUAUGGACCAUGAUUAGGAGUGAAUGAAGUCAGGUGGGUGAGUAUGGACCAUGAUUAGGAGUGAAUGAAGUCAGGUGAGUAUGGACCAUGAUUAGGAGUGAAUGAAGUCAGGUGAGUAUGGACCAUGAUUAGGAGUGAUUGAAGUCAGGUGAGUAUGGACCAUGAUUAGGAGUGAAUGAAGUCAGGUGAGAAUGGAUGAGUCCACGCCAUGAUAGUGGGCGGAGGGUCACUGAAUAGUAUGGCUCUAUUCUACAUGAUGUUUUUUUAUCUAAACUAUCAUUGUGUAAAUAUUUUGUUUAAGCACCAAUUGUCAACUCUACAAUAUCGUCCCAAGAUUGAUGUGUUUAGUCAAAAAUAUUGUGAUAUUUGAUUUUCUCCAUCUUGCCCAGCUCCAUUCCCAUUUGUACAAUACACUUUUUUGGAUUUGGGUGGUUUUCAACUAUGUAUUUUAACUAGAUGAAGGAUUUUAGUCAUCUGACAUCUGGACCUAAAGUUAUGAGAAAACAGAAAGAAAUUAACAAGAAGAGCAAACUGUGUCUGCUCUCCGCCGAGGAGCUGAACGAUGUCUGAGAAACUGCUUUAUUCAAUGUUUCGACUGGUUUCAAUCACCUGGUCGCUUGUUGGAUAUUAAGCAUGGUGCUUUGGCUAACUAGCUCAAAGCACCAUGCUUCACAGAGUCGAUAGCAUGGAUGUAGACUCUCAGUGUUGUUCAGUUUUAAUCACUGGAUCAGCCAGAACAAGGGUCGAAACAAUCAUAUGGGUAUUUUACCUUUAAUCUAUCCUCAAUUGAAUUUCAAGAAAAUGUAUUAUAUUGUGACUAAAGCCAGACCGAUAUAUCGGCGGGCCGA